AUUUAAAAUGAUAAUUAAAGUUGGUCACCUCAAUGGAGAGGUAAGACUAUAUGAUUUAGCUGAUCUCUGUACAGCUAAUGAGUUGAUGAUGAUGAUUCAAUCUGAAAUAUAAUGUGAAGUCUCUCUGGUGAGUAAUGGUGAGGCUGUUGCAGCAUCUGCUUUAUUGGGUAAGAAUAUCAUUAAUUCUUGAUAGGCAGUGAAAGCAUAUACUAUGUAAAUGUAGAUGCAGAAGGAGGUAAAAAGAAGAAGAAGAAGAAGAAGAAUUUUGCUAAACCCAAGAAGAAGAAGCAUAGACACCGAAAGGUUAAAUUGGCAACACUUAAGCUUUAUACUGUAGAUAAUAAAGGCGCAGUCUAGAGAUCACAUAAAUAAUGUCCAUAAUGCCCUCAAGGAGUGUAUAUGGCUAAACAUUUUGAUAGACACUAUUGUGGAACAUGUCAUCAAACAUUCAGAAUGGAUGAAGCAACAGUAAGAUGUGUAUUUUAUAAAACUAUAGAUUAAAGCAAAUUUAGAAGCAAUAAAAAAACAAUAAGCAGCCAAAGCAGCAGCGGCAGCAGCAGCAGCUCCAGCAGGAGGAGCAGCAGCUGGAGGAGCAGCAGGUGGCAAGAAAGGAAAGAAAAAGUGAUAAUCAGUAUAAUAAUAUUAAAU